AUGGUUACUGACAUAGAAGUGGCUGAGCUUGUUAGAACUUGUUGGCUUGACAUUUCUACAACAAUAGACACAAAGCAACUUACUAAAAAGACAAGUUUUACAUCAUAUUUAGUGUUCAAGUUAAAAGAGGAUUCACAUGGACUUGAAAAGGCCAUUGGAUCAGUAAGAUUAUUGAAGCAAGAGAUAAAUGGUCAUGAAGGUUACAAUGUUUAUUUCUCAAAUGAACUAGAAGGGAAAACUAUUGGUCGAUUUCCGCAUCGUUGGAGCGAUAACGAUAGCGAUGAAUGGAUGGAAAUAAAACUUGGUGAAUUUUAUAACAACUUAGGAAAUGAUGGUGAAAUUGAAAUAAGCUUGAUGAAUACCAAAGAUGUUUUUACUCCUAAGUCCGGCCUCAUUGUUAAGGGCAUUGAAAUUCGUCCAACUUAA